AUGGUUCGCGUUGCUCUUCUGUGUUUUACCGUGUUUGUUGUGCUGUGCAACAUAGAGGCAAGAAAACCUAUUGUAUGCUACUACGCCUCCUGGGCCACGUACCGUUCGACAAGAGGGCAGUUCAAUGUGGAACACAUUGAUCCAUUCCUUUGCACCCAUCUCAUGUACGCGUUCUUUGGUGUCGACGGUACCGGUGCGGUAAGAGUGCUGGAUCCCUGGCUAGACCUGGAGGAUGGCGGUGGCCGUGGUAACAUUCGUCGCUUCAACGAACUGCGGCAGCUCAACCCGCAACUCAAAACAUUAGCCGCCAUCGGUGGAGCAUCUGUCGAUUCGGCGCUGUUUUCGCACAUUGCAGCGAGUGGCGCAUUGCGCGCUGCUUUCGCACGUAGCGCACGCGAUUUUUGUCUCACCCACGGAUUCGACGGUGUGGAUGUAGGUUGGGAGUUCCCGGGCAUGCAUGACGGCGAUACGGCUAACGAUAAGCAGAAUUUUGUGCUCAUGUUAUCAGAGCUGGCCGUUGAGCUUCGGUCUCAUGGGUUGCUGGUAACGGCGGCACUCGCUGCCAGUGAAACAAUUGCCUCCAUUGCGUACGACAUUGCCGGUAUUGUUCCACAUUUGGAUUUUAUCAAUCUGAUGGCUUACGAUUACAGCGGAGCAUGGAACGAAUUUACCGGCCACAAUGCACCGCUGUUCGCUGGACCCUCGGAUCAGAACGAUUAUCAACGGAUGCUCAACGUGGAUCAUAGCGUCAACUAUUGGCUAAGUCAGGGUGCGCCUCAUUCAGCGCUAGUACUGGGAGUUCCCGCAUACGGACGAUCCUUCACGCUGUCGAACGCGGCUUCCAAUGGAUUGCGGGCACCAGCGGAUGGGGCCGGAAUGCCGGGCCCGUACACGGACCAGCCCGGUUUCAUGGCAUACCACGAGGCGUGUGGCCACUUUCUACCUGGAUCCAGCUGGCAGCGUGUGUGGGAAGAAACACAACGGGUCCCGUACGGAUUUUUCGACCAUCAGUGGAUUGGAUACGACGACAGGGCAAGCAUUCUGGAGAAGUGUAACUACGUCAAUAGUCGCAACCUUGCCGGUAUGAUGAUGUGGUCAAUCGAUAUGGAUGAUUUUCAUGGAUACUGUGGCACUAACUUUAAUUUACUCCGAACUAUCAACGAGUGUCUAAUGUGA